AUGGUUGUCACAUCAGUGAUCACGGAGGAGACCACAGACGUCCAUAUCGUCUCGGAAAAGGUCGUCUUCAAUCUUCCACAUGCUGAGAAGACCACCGGGCGAGUGGUCCCUAUGGACCACGGUCCAAACAGCAAGGUUGAUUUCGGUGCAUCCGUCUACGGCAUUGACCUCAACAACUUUACCGAUGCCGACUUUGAACUCAUCUCAGAUGCGUUGCAUAAACACAAGAUGCUCGUGUUCAAGGAGCAGCCCAAGAUGCUCGCUCCCCAGCAGCAGUAUCGCUUGACGGCUAGCUUUGAUCCCAACGAGACAACUGGCGGCUUUGCACACGGUGCUGACCCAUACUUGACAUCGCACAAGGGUCUCAAGAUCUACGGCAUCCCGAAAAGACCCGCAAUCCCGGUCCAGCCCCAGGUGCACAUCCUGGGUCGUGGUCCUCUUCCUAAGGAGCACUACGGCUUCCCUCCAGACUUUCAGGUGCAAGGCAUUGACCACGAAGAGUUCCAUCUCCCGCCUCACAUCCCCGCCGAGGAGCGGGAGGCGGGAGCCAGCAGGUUCUACCAGUGGCACUUUGACGGCUCGCUCUACAGCAUCCCUCCUCCUCGGGUCGGAUGUCUCCUCGCGGUGCGCACUCCCAAGGGCCCAGACGUCACUGUGAGGUGGGACGACGGGACCGGUACCGAGAUGAAGAUCGCUCCGGGGUCCACCGCCAUGGUCGCCGGUUCGCGAGCAUUGGAACUGCUUGAUGGUGAGACGCGAGAGAUUGUGAUGAACAGCCGGAUCGAGUAUGCGCCCCACGCGUUUGUGUGGAUGUCAACGGCACACAGCGCGCGCUUGGGGCAUCUCUUGGAGACCGAGGGCCUCGAGAAGCCUCUCGACCAACUCCCACCGUGGGACAAGGACAAGGUGUGCAUCUACCCGAUGGUGUGGACGAACCCCAAGACGGGCGAGAAGUCGCUUCAGGUCCACGGUCAAGGAGCAUUCAAGCUGUACCUGAAAGACAGUCCCGAUGGAGAGGAGAGAGUGGUUGACGAUCUCAAAGAGGUGCGGGAGUUCAUGAACAAGUUGAUGCGGCCAGUGCUAGAGCCCGAAAACAUCUACGCGCAUCGCCACGAGGAACAAGACGUCAUCCUGUGGUACAACCGGGCACUCUGGCACAGCAUUCGUCUGAGGAAGCUUUCUGACCAGAUCUACAAGGGUGUUGGCUUCGAACUCAUUCGGGGGCUGGAGCCGGCCAAGUAUACUCCGAAGCAAAGUCUCAUAGUUUACGCGGGUGUGAGUUCCCACGUUUAUUCGCAACGAGGAUUCGUUGAUGUGACAGCCAAAGGCGUUGUUGCACAUAUUGUCAAUGUGCAGGCCGGUGGCAAAGGGCCCGACACAACGGCGCCUGCUUUUACCCAGAUCCCUCUGUCAUUCCACACGGACAACUGCGAGGUGAUGGCUUUCUUCUAUAUGGAGUUGGCUGAAAGCGGCGGGGACACACUCCUCAGCAGUUUGUGGCAGACUUACAAUGAGCUCGCAGCCCACCGGCCAGAGGUGCUACGCACGCUGGCAAGACCGUGGGUUUUCGACAGUUUCAAAUCCUACGACUUCCAGCCGCCUCGCCACGUCCGACCUCUUCAGAGGCUUGACUCCGACAAGGUGCCAAUUCUGAUCCGCUUCUCCCGCUAUGGUAUUCUGGGAUGGCAGCGUCAGCGCAACCCAGAUCUCCCCGCGCCGACUGAAGAUCAGAUCGAGGCGGCAGAUGCCAUACAGUUCAUAGCAAUGAAGAACGCUUUCAAACUGUCCCCAAAGAAGGGGGACUUGCUGUUCGCAAACGACAUGGCUCUCGUCCAUGCGCGGGAAGGGUUCGACGACGGUGGUGAUGUGAGCAAGAGACAUCUCAUCAAGAUGCACUUUAGGGAUCCCGACCAGGGAUGGGGCCUUCCCGAAUCGGUGGAGAAUGAGUGGAAGACUGUGUAUCGCUCAAGCGAGCUAGGUGGGAGCCGACAGGAGAUCUGGGACAUCUUCCACCAGCCUGGGUUGGAAGAAAUGUCGUCUGUGAAUGGCUAG